AUGUCUGAGACACAGAAGUAUUUGGUUUCACAUGACUCUGAGGAAGUGCAUGAGCUGGAUGGUUUACAUAAGAAAUCACAACCAGACUCUCUCCAUUUGACACAAACAUCAAAUAUUAUGCUCCCAAAAGCAGAAAGUCCUGUAGAAGAGAAAUUUAAGCCAAUAACUACUAGCCCUGUGGAAAUGUCUGAGGAUAUUCAACAAGACAAUUUUUUAACACUUAACGUUGAUGAUAAUGCUCUGGUACCAGUUGAAGUUGCAAAAACAGGUCCUCGAAGAAACAAUAAGAGAUUAGGUAAGAGACAUGCAACAAGUAACAAAAAAUUGAUUGGAGGCAAAGAAUGGCAUGAACCACAUGGCAGGAAACGGGAUGUUUUCAAAUCAGCAAUAGCUCCAAUUGCCGGUACUGCUACAGCUCUGUCUAUGUCAAAGAGGCCUAAUCCACCACCAAAACCUAAUUCAUCAAAACUCUUUGCUGCAGUGAAGUCUUCUACACUAAAAACACCUUCUUCUCUUCCUGAAAAGGAAGAAGUUGCUGUUUCAAGUGCAAAAGUGCAUGAUCAUAAAACCAACAGUAAAAGUUAUGUAAAAAGUAGCACCCUUUCUGCAGAUGUGACCAAACAGAGUAAUAAAAAGGAAAAUUUCAACAAAUCUCCUUCAUUGACAAAGCAAAUACCAUCAGAUUCUACAGGCGUCCAAAUUGAUAAAGAAGAUAGUGCUCAUUCCAUUCAUUCUCAAGGUGUGAGGUCUGCUUCAGAACUGCUAGAAGAAGCUAAGUAUCUAGCAAUGCCAGACGCACAAAAAAUAUAUGAAAGAAACUUCCAACAGAGCAAGCCAGAGCAGUCUCUGACCGCAGCACAGCAAACAUUUACAGCUAAGGCAAAAUCUGUUGAUGAAAUCAUUGCUUCACUGCGGUCUGGUAGACACACCACCUCCCAGUCUGCUUCAGACCAAAAGAUCAAAGGACUCUUGGAGAGAGUGUUUGGCUACAGUUAUAGCAGUAAAAGUGAGGAGAUGAUGAAAAUCACAGCUGAGCAGAAAGAGGAGAGUGAUAUGGUAUCGCUGCAAUCUGAAGGGAAGGCUUCACUGACAGAUUCUCAGUGGACACCUCGAAAGCACAGAGACAAGAUUGAAUCUUUAAGGGAAAUCAAACAGAAAAUCCAAAAGGAGGAAGGAACCAUAAAGGCUUCGGGCAGCCCUGUGCUAAGUCCAAUGAUACCCCCAGAAACAGAGGAAAGGUCAAAAUCUGCGUCAGCACUUACUUCAGCACUGGAACUGACACCUUCCAGACAAACUUCUUUUGAGGUUCCAGACAGAUUUCAGGAUACUCUAACCAACGAGGAAGUAGAAAAGACUCUUGAAUUAUCUGGAAAGGUCACUGUUUCUGAUAUAAUUCAUGUAAAAGGAACUUCAUUUGGAUUAACAAAGAGAAUUUCAGAUGACCAGAAAAUCAUACUUGAGGAUGAAGAGCCUGACCAACAAGCCUCUGUGGUAGCCACACGGAUCCCAAUGAAUAAACAUCGAGGGCAACAGAAUAUCCACCACCUUUGCAUUGCUGAGCUGAGUCAUGUAUUACCCAUUGAUUUGCAACUGGCUUCAAAGUUGUAUUAUACUCCAAACAGAAGAGGACAUGGCUGUAGUAAACUUCCGGAAUCAAUUCAGCUAGAGGAAUCAUACAUGUAUAAAGAUGAAGAUUUUUCUUCUGAACAACAGAAGAUAGCAAGAAUUAUCUAUGAAGGAAUUCCUGCAUCAGAAGCAAGUCAGGAAAAAGUGCAGGAUGGUGUCAGAAUUUUACCACCACUUUCACCUGAAUUUUUGAGGGAAUGGCAAAGAAUUGCAGAAUAUUAUGUGGAGAGACCCAGAAUUAUGUUAUUGGGAGAGUCAAUGGAGAUUUACAAAGAUGCAACAAAGUUGUUUUGGACACCGGCAUUUCCUAAGUUUGCUGUUCCUAUUUCAUGCAUGCAAGAAACCCUGUAUCCCCAGUUAAAAGUGGAACUGGAUCACACAGCUUUCUGUGACUUUGACAAGGAAAUAUAUCAAUUGGAUGAAGAGUAUGACAGUGAUGAUGAGGAGGAAAGUUUGGAACACAAAGCUGCAAUGCAAAGAACACUUUUCAAAAAGCACAAAUCAUUACCAGAUCUACGAGUAUUUUCUUUUUAUUCUUCCAGUGAGUCAUUCACAAACAGUAACUUCCAGAGUAUGAUACCUGAACGGACAAUACAACAUUCGAUACAAAAGAGGAGGAUAGUUAUAUAUAUAAAUUUACAAAACACCACUGACGAACCUGUGAUUACCAAGCAUAACUCAUUACCAAACCUCCAUUUCUUUGAAGAUGAGAAAAUCCUGCCGCUAUCUGCUCCUUUCAAAACUAUGAUGAAGGAGAUCGAACUCCAGAGGGAACAACUAAUUCAGGCUUCAGUAGAGACCACCAAACAGGAAGAACAGGCAAAAAGGAAACCAGUAGAAGGCUUUCUGAUUUCAGAUGUUUCUCAACUGAAUGCAAUGCCAGUAAGAAGCGUAUCUAUACAACAGACGCAACCUUCAGUUGCAGCUCCAGUAACAGAAGCAGUCAUCAAAAGAACAAAAAAGACGAAACGCCGAAAAAAACUUAAAGCUUAUAUGAGAAAAACACCUCUAUCAAGAAAGUUAGCUUUUGUUUACAGAAAACUGUCGAUGCCUCCAAAACGUAUCAAAAGAUCAGGAUCUUUGCCUACACUAAUUACUCGUAAUGGUGAAGAUGGUAACUUUCCCCACCGAGAUUCUAGCGUACCUCGCUUAUUUAACUUUGAAAACUUUGCAAAAAAGAAAGGAGGAAUUCCUGAAGGUGUCGUUACCAGAGAGUGGGUCAGAGAUAUAUGGAACAAAUGGUUUGAUGAAGUCUUCCCGCCAUUAGAACCAACCAGUCAAGCAACUAUCGAUAAAAAAGACAUACCGGUGGUUCUGAAAGAAAAACAAUCUUCUCAAUUGUACGUCAACCUGCAGGAGAUAGAACUGCAGAAUUUACAGCUAUCAACAGAACAAGAAAAUUUAGAAGUGUAUCCAACAGGUUCCCAGUCUGAAGUCACUCGAGCUGCUUUGCAGUCUUUAGUAAAUGAUGUAACGUACCGCAUAGAUGUAAAUGGUGAAUCCACAGCGUUUAAUUAUUGCCGUCGGGGAGCUUUGUAUAGAAGAUUAGGACAGUUAAAGUCAGCCAUGGAGGAUUUAAAUGAAGCUAUUAAAUUAGAACCGAUGUUGCUUGACAGCUAUUGGCAGAGACAUUUCCUUUAUCUUCUUCAGUUGAGAAUAUCUGAUGCACUAGAUGAUCUUAAUUUUGUACUUAAACACAAUAGAAAUCAUGCAGAUGCCUACACUUCAAAGGGAGACAUUUAUAGAAAUAAAGGGGAUAUCACAAUGGCAAUCAUAAAUUAUUCUCAGGGCCUCAAAUGCAGACCUGAUGCUGAUAUCUAUUUCAAGAGAGCUGAGAUGUAUGAAAAAAACAAUGACCUACUUUUAGCUAUGGAAGAUUAUUUUAUGGCUUUUAGUUUGAACCCAAAAAGAACAGAUGCUUUGAUGAAACGUGCUUUAUAUUAUUUUGAGAAUUCCACCUGGCAGUUAGCAAUUCAGGAUCUUACAACACUAAUCAAACAGGAACCUGGCAAUGCUAAAGCCAGGAUUUAUCGUGGACAGGCAUAUACGAAACAAGGAAUGCACAAGGAAGCAAUUGAGGAUUUGUUUACUGCUAUCCACUUGGAUCCCAACAACUGGGUGGCUUUCUAUCACAGAGGCUGCUUGCUGAGAAAGAUUCAACCACAGCAAGCUCUACAGGACUUCAGUGUUUCAGUGCUUAUCAAUGAAGAUGUUGAGAAUUUGGAAUCAUUUUUGCAUCGUGGUAUUUUGUACACUGAACGUGGCGAGUGGCACGCAGCAAUAUAUGACUUUGAAAGCGUACUCAAGCUUGACAGAUCUAUUUGCUUAGCUCAUAUAAAUCUUGGGCUUAUUUAUCUUCUAAAAUUGGACUACUAUUAUGAAGCAAUCCGUAAAUUUUCAAAUGCCUUAAAGGUUGAACCAACUUCAACAAGAGCGUAUGUAUGCCGGGCAAAGGCGUAUCAGAAGAUCCAUAAUCUGACAAGAGCAUUGAAAGAUAUAACAUGCGCUAUUCACCUCCAGCCUCAAAUACAUUACUUCUACCUAUUAAGAGGACAAUAUCUGUAUGAAAUGAAAAAUUUCGAACUUGCCAGUUUUUGUAUCCAAUAUUCUGCUGAGAUCAAUCAAGCUUCUGAUUCCUCUCCAGUUCAGCAAGCCACUGUACAAGUUUUUCUGAAAAAUUAUGACAAAGCUAUAGAGAACUUGAACGGAAUGGAAAAAACAUCACCACUGUUAACUUUACUUGGGAAAAGCCAAAUGAAAGCUGGCAAACAUGAGGAUGCACUGAGCAGCUUUCAGAAAGCUUUGGAUCUCGAACAUGAAGCUUCUGAAAUAGGAAUUACAAAUACAGUUAAUAAGAGUGUAGAAAUAUAUUACCACAUGGGUCUUUGCUACAUUGAACUAAAUCAACUCCGAGAGGCAAUUGAUUCCUUUAAUAGUGCAGUGAAAUUGCUCCCAAAUUUUGCUAAAGCUUAUUAUCAGCGAGGAUUAUGCGGUUUGAAGCUUCAUGACUUUAAUUGUAUCUAUGACUUUCACAGAGCACUUGCACUCAACCCCAAACUCUUUGAGGUCUAUCUAAGUCGAGCUGUUUAUUAUGCAAUACAGAGACGCUUUCUUAAGGCCAUUCUAAGCUGUAAUGAAGCAUUGAAAAUUGAGCCCAGGAGUGUAAGAGCUUUUCUAUGCAGAGGGGCACUGAAAUUUUACAGCAAGGCAUAUCAUUUAGCGAUUGCAGAUCUAACUGAAGCAAUAAAUAUGAACGAGACCUGCACCUUGGGUUAUUUUAACAGAGCUGUCUGCUACCAGAAGAUGAAUGAUCUUCAAAAGGCAUUGAAAGACUAUGGAAUAGUUCUGCUCCUUGGCAGCGACAAAAGGUUAACUUUGAAGGUGCUCGUUAAUCGUGGUCUGUUAUAUUUGAAGAUGGACGACCACCAGAAUGCACUAAAGGACUUUAAAGCAGCAAAUGCAGCAGAACCAGAAAAUGCUUACAUUCAUCAUGCUGUAGCUAUCUGCUGUCAUAAACUUCAAUAUUUAGAAGAUGCUGUAAACAGUUUCAGUCAAGCAUUGAAAUUGGACCCAUUUUUUGUGGACGCAUAUAAUGGACGUGGAAACGUGUACAUGGAUUCUGCUCACACAGCUGGAAUAAAGCAAGCACAAAAAGAUUUUGUGCAAGCACUUCAUUUAAAUCCCAAAUGUGUGAAAGCUAGACUCAACCUAGGAUACAACUUUCAGGUUCUGGGAAAAUUUCAGAAAGCGUGGAAUCAGUUUACAAUUACAAUUGAUAUUGAUCCAAUGUUUCAUGAUGCUUAUGAAGGUCGAGCAGUGAUUAAUCUACAAAUGAACAAUACGUUUGCAGCAUUUCAGGACAUCAAUGCUGCAUUGAAGAUCUGUAAAUCUGCAAAGUUGUUUACAAACCGUGGAGUGAUCAACCAGUUCACAGGAGAUCUAACCAAUGCUAUGAGAGACUAUCAGAAAGCUGUAUCUCUCGAUCCCACCUAUUCACUGGCUUAUUUUAAUGCAGCCAACCUUUACUUUUGCAACAGACAAUUUGCACAGGCUCAUGACUACUACACUAAGGCAAUUAAUUUGCAACCAGGAGAUGAAUCUGCUUUGCUAAACCGAGCCAUAUGUCGUGUUCUGCUUCGGCGUGCUCAAGAUGCACUGGAGGACUUUGAAGAAGCUGUUAAACUUAGUCCUUAUUCAGCUCACAUUUAUUUCAACCGUGCAAACCUCUAUGCCACUCUAAAACAAUAUAAAGAUGCUGAGAGAGAUUAUUCACAGGCACUGCAGCUAAUGCCGGAUGAUGCUUUAUAUUACAAACUCCGUGCAGACGUCCGGGGCCAUUUGGGUUUGAUUAAAGAAGCUAUCAUUGAUUACAAAACAGCAUUAGACAUCCAAGAAACUGAAUAAAACAGAUGAUUACGUUUACCAAGAACAAUAAGCAAUUAUCUCAUAAUAUUAGGAUUAGGAUGGAAUGUCUCCGGUAAAAAUAGAAAUGAAUAGGAAUUUAGAAAGUCCGUUCUUGCAGAAUAGUAAGUAUCUUAUUACUGAUAACAUUUCAUUAUAAAUGAAUUUAAGUAUCA